UGGAUCUGGCAGCCACUCAUCCCUGCCAGUCGCAGGGGAGGCGCUGCGCCCCCGGCCCGAGCCGAUCGGGGGCUCCUGGCGCCAGCCUCGCUCCAGAACGCGCAGGAGGACCUCCUGCCGUCUGACUUGAGUCCUGCUGCUGCAGUACACGCCCCUUCGGCAGCCAGGGUGGGGCCCAGAGCGAACCUGGCCCCUCCCGCCCCUGCCUCGCCUUUGGGUCGCUGAGCCCCAGGCUGUGGUGAGGGUCCUGGAGCAGGCACCACGGAGCCCCGGCAACCUCUUCCACCCACCCAUGCCCACCCCGCCUGAGGCUGAGAAGCAGCACACAGGGCCAGAGGAGGGGGACCAGCCUCCCUCCAUGUCCAGUCCUGAUGCGGCCCCCCCGGCCCCCCCCGGGCGAAACCCCUGCUGCUUGUGCUGGUGCUGCUGUUGCAGCUGCUCUUGGAACGAGGAGCGGCGGCGAGCGUGGCGGGCCUCCCGGGAGAGCAGGCUGCAGCCCCUCCCCAGCUGCGAAGCCUGCGCCACACCGAGCCCCGAGGAGGUGCGGAGCUGGGCGCAGUCCUUCGACAAGCUGAUGCACAGCCCAGCGGGCCGCAGCGUGUUCCGGGAGUUCCUGCGCACCGAGUACAGCGAGGAGAACAUGCUCUUCUGGCUGGCGUGCGAGGAGCUCAAGGCCGAGGCCAACCAGCACGUGGUGGACGAGAAGGCGCGCCUCAUCUACGAGGACUAUGUGUCCAUCUUGUCCCCCAAGGAGGUGAGCCUGGACUCCCGGGUGCGGGAGGGCAUCAACAAGAAGAUGCAGGAGCCGUCGGCGCACACGUUUGACGACGCGCAGCUGCAGAUUUACACGCUGAUGCACCGAGACUCCUACCCCCGCUUCCUCAGCUCCCCCGCCUACCGCGCCCUGCUGCUCCGGGGGCGCUCCACGUCCUCCAGUGAAGCCUAGACUGCCCACCGUGGCUGCCUGGACGCGGGACCCCUCCCGCGGGCAGAGACUCCUUUCACAAGAGCGCUUCACGUGUGGGGCACACCCGCCGGGCCCAGCGCCCCGGGCGGUCCCAGGCAGGAGCUCCAGGUGCAGGGCAGGCCAGAAGCCCCCUUCCCCACCCAGAGGACCCAGCGCCCCAGGAUCCAGCCGAGAGGCAGGCGUGAGGGCCUCUGGGCCUAGGCGGCCCCUCCAGCACCACCACCCCCACUGAGCGCUUCCUGCUGGGGUUCCCACCUGGUGAAAGGAGGCGCCCUCCCUGAAAGCAUCCUGGACCCACAAAGCUCACAAGGUCCUCCUCCCCGGGCUCCUGGGGGCCCUGAGAAAUGCCUUUGGUGGAGAACAGAACCUCUGUACUGUCUAGUUCUGUGACAAGAGGAGACCUCCAGCUGGUGCCAUCUGCACCCCGGGAUCAGACCCAGGACCUCAGAACGAGGCUCAAGGCAGCAGGACCCGGUUUCUCUUUUAUAUGUUCAUUGAGUUUAAACCAGGAAACAUGGCACUGUGUGUUUUAUCAAAAAAAAAAAAAAAGUUUUCAUAUUUAACUCCACUCCUCUCCCCCCCAAAAUAGAAUCUUAUUAUUGAAGAUA